CCUGACAGAGGCCCGACCUUAAAGGGGAGGGGACAGAGUGGGGGGACAGGGGCCCUUUAAAACAAGGCGCGCUGGUGCCUGCCCCUUUAAGGGCGGGGCGUCCGGACGUCUGAAUCUGGACCUCAGAUUACCUACACCGAGUUUCCGUCGCAGGCUGCGAGGAAAGGCUCCUCGGCUGGGUCCGGGUGCUCGGCGGCGGCGGCGGCGGCGGCUCUAUCCCCGCCGGUCCUCCCCGGGCCCGGAGACAACCCCGCCCCAGUCAUGCUGAGCAGAGUAUGGAAGCAGCUGACUACGAAGUGCUAUCCGUGCGAGAGCAGCUAUUCCACGAGAGGGUCCGCGAAUGUAUUAUCUCAACACUUCUGUUUGCGACACUCUACAUCCUCUGCCACAUCACCCUGACCCACUUCAAGAGGCCUGCUGAGUUCACUACAGUGGAUGAUGAAGAUGCCACAGUCAACAAGAUUGCGCUCGAGCUCUGCACCUUUACCCUGGCAGUUUCCCUGGGUGCUGUACUGCUCCUGCCCUUCUCCAUCAUCAGCAAUGAGGUGUUGCUGUCACUGCCUCGGAACUACUACAUCCAGUGGCUCAAUGGUUCCCUCAUCCAUGGCCUCUGGAACCUCGUUUUUCUCUUCUCCAACCUGUCCCUCAUCUUCCUCAUGCCCUUUGCAUACUUCUUCACUGAGUCUGAGGGCUUCGCUGGCUCCAAAAAGGGUGUCCUGGGCCGAGUCUACGAGACAGUGGUAAUGUUGAUGCUCCUCACUCUGCUGGUGCUGGGCAUGGUGUGGGUGGCAUCGGCCAUUGUGGACAACAACAAGACCAGCAGGGAGUCACUCUAUGACUUCUGGGAGUACUACCUCCCCUACCUCUAUUCCUGCAUUUCCUUCCUUGGGGUCCUGCUGCUCCUGGUGUGUACUCCGCUAGGUCUCGCCCGCAUGUUCUCGGUUACUGGGAAGCUGCUGGUCAAACCGCGGGUGCUAGAAGACCUGGAGGAGCAGCUGUACUGCUCAGCCUUUGAAGAAGCAGCUUUGACCCGCAGGAUUUGCAGUGAGUUGCAAUUCUUCCCAGGUGGGAUGAUAGGCUUGGCUUGGGCGGGGACAGCACCAUCUUUUCUGCCCUCAGAUCCCACCUCCUGCUGGCUGCCUUUGGACAUGGAGCUGCUGCACAGACAGGUGCUGGCUCUGCAGACACAGAGGGUCCUACUGGAAAAGCGGUGGAAGGCUUCAGCCUGGCAGCGGAACCUGGGUUAUCCCCUGGCCAUGCUGUGCUUGCUGUUAUUGACGGGCCUAUCCGUGCUCAUUGUGGCCAUCCACAUCCUGGAGCUGCUCAUCGAUGAGGCUGCCAUGCCCCGGGGCAUGCAGGGUGCCUCCCUGGGCCAGGUCUCCUUCUCCAAGCUGGGCUCCUUUGGUGCUGUCAUUCAGGUUGUACUCAUCUUUUACCUGAUGGUGUCUUCGAUCGUGGGAUUCUACAGUUCUCCACUCUUCCGGGGCUUGCGGCCCAGAUGGCAUGACACAGCCAUGACACAGAUAAUCGGGAACUGUGUCUGUCUCCUGGUCCUAAGCUCAGCACUUCCUGUCUUCUCUCGAACCCUGGGACUCACUCGCUUUGACCUGCUGGGUGAUUUUGGACGCUUCAACUGGCUGGGCAAUUUUUACAUCGUGUUCCUCUACAAUGCAACCUUUGCGGGCCUCACCACUCUCUGUCUGGUGAAGACCUUCACUGCAGCUGUUCGGGCGGAGCUGAUCCGGGCUUUUGGACUGGACAGACUGCCAUUGCCUGUCUCUGCUUUCCCCAGGGCAUCUAGGAAGACCCAACACUAGUGACCUCCAGUUGGGGGUGAGAGGGGAAAAACUGGACACUGCCAUCUGCUACCCAGUCCUGAAGCAACACCAGGAAUUGGUGAUCCUUAGGACCUGGAAUCUGAGAGGGGUGGGUGGCAGAGGGGAGCUGAGCCAUCUGCACUGUUGCAUAAUCUGAGCCAGAGUUUGGGACCAGGCCCCUUGUUUUUCUAGAUUUAACUGUGGACCUUAGCAUGCGGUAGGGCUGAGUGACCCGGGUCUGGCUCCUGGUCCCAAAUCCGUUAACACAUCAAUCUGCCUCACUGCUAUUGCAGGCCAUGCCUGUAGCCAUGUUUACAUGAUUUGAUGUGCAAUAGGGUUGGGUGGGGACAGGGGAGGGACUGAGCAGGGGCAAAUGUGGGGGGCAGAUUGUCUCCCUUUGCCUCUGGUCUAGAAGAAACUAAGCACUGUGUUAUCCUGGAGGGACUUUGGACCACCAGAGAGGUGAGGGUGUGGGAAAGAAAAGGCCACAACCAUCAGCAAUAAAGUUGAUCCCAAGGUUUGCUUUGGUUUUUUUAAAA